AUGUCUGACCACAAAACCUACUCUUUCAGCCCUUCCAAGGAUAUCCCUUCCCUCGCCGGAAAAGUCAUCCUCAUUACAGGCGCCAACACCGGCCUCGGCAAAGCUACGGCCAUUGAACUGGCCAAACACUCCCCAGCUCAUAUCUACAUCACCGCUCGCGACCAAUCCAAGGGCAAUGCAGCCUUGGAAGAAGUCAAAAGCACAUCUGCCGAGGCGACAAAGAUCUCUCUUCUUGAACUAGAUCUUUCAAGCUUCGAAAGUAUCAAAGCCGCUGCCAAAACCUUCCUCGAGCGAGAGGAACGACUUGAUGUCCUGUUGCUCAAUGCUGGUGUCAUGGGUGCACCGCCUAUUCUUACCAAGGAUGGGUAUGAGAUGCACAUGGGUACCAACCACCUCGGCCAUGCUCUUCUCUUGAAGCUCCUUCAGCCCACUCUGGACCGGACAUCUGAUUCAAGAGUCGUCCACUUGACAUCCGCCGGCUUCCGCCACGUCGGCCCCUCAGGCAUAGAAUUCUCAACCCUCCGCUCAGCCACCAGUGCAACACCGCUCCCACUCCGGUACGCGCAGAGUAAACUCGCAUGCCUUCUCUACGCGCGUGAAGCUGCCAAAAAUUACACCUUCACCAACAUCGCUAUCAAUCCCGGUGAAGUUAAGACGGAGCUGUUUUCGCGGGAGGCUGGUGAUGAGAUGAUGAAGCAUUUGCAGGAGAACGUCGUUCCGAAAAUGGCAGGACCUGUCGAAGAGGGUGUCAAGAAUCAUCUUUGGGCUGCUACUGCGAAGAUUGAGAGUGGGGAUUUCUAUGAACCCGUUGGAGUGAAGGAGAAUGUUGAGGUUGAUGACGGGAUGGCGAAGGAGUUGUGGGAGUGGACGGAGGAACAGUUGAAGGAUCAGUCCUUGUAA